UUUUUCGACUUCAGACCCUUCCCCCCUCGCCGCUCGUUCACUCCAAUUCCCCCCUGUCCUCUUGAGACAGUUCUAAACAGCUGUACAGGCGAUGUCUGCCCCAGAUGCUGCUGCCCCGCUGGAGCCCCUGGUGCCCCAGGGGCACCUGGAGCUGAGGGAGGGGCCCCACCCGGCCCCCCCAACACCUCCAGCAACCGCAGACUUCAGCAAUCACAAGCCCAAGUAGAAGAGGUUGUGGACAUCAUGCGGGUGAACGUGGACAAGGUGUUGGAGAGGGACUCAAAGCUGUCAGAGUUGGACGACAGGGCGGAUGCACUUCAGGCCGGGGCCUCUCAGUUUGAGAGUUGUGCAGCGAAGCUUAAGAACAAGUACUGGUGGAAGAACUGCAAGAUGAUGAUCAUGAUGGGCAUCAUUGGAGUCAUUGUGGUUGGAAUAAUUUUCUUGUACUUCUUCUAUUGAGCUCACCCCAUCGUGGCAGAAGGAAACAGACAUGAGAAUUGGAGUGAAGAAAAAAAAACAAAAAGACACAACCUCCACUCCUCCCUCUUUCUCCCUCUCCUCCUCCCCCUCCCCUCCCCUCCCCUCCUCCCUCUCUCCCCACGGUCUUCCAUUAAACCAUCUUGCACUUAUACAUGACUGUAGUGUUUAGAUGCCUGUGCUCUUUGUCCUCCUACCCCUCCCUAUCUUUCGCUCUCUCUUUCGUCCACUGUCAUGGCAUGGCGCCUCGCCCAUUCUCUCCCAUCUCUGCUACUCGUACAUUAUUGAAGUGUGCAGCAAAGAGAGAGAGAGAGGACAGGAGAGGGAACAAGGGGGGGGGGGGGGAGGGAGGAGAUGAGAAGUCUUUGUAACACAGAGACAGAGACAACUGGUAUGUGGGCCAUGUAGGAUCGAGGAAAAGGGGAGAAGGUGAAAGAUAGACGGAGCAAGAGAGGGAGCCAAAGGAAGAUAAAAAAUAAAUAGGGAACGUGUGUGCAGGGAUACUAAACAGACAGAACAGUUCUUUUUUUUAUCCCAGGCAGACCAAUACUAUCGUUUUACUUUUCUGAGGGUCCCACAUGUGUAGAUUGAUACUGACAUCCUUAACAAGAUCCCUCCCCUCCUAACUCCUACCCAUUCUGCUCCUGAUCAUCACUACUUACUAAUACAAGGUCAUGUUAAGAUUAAGAAUAUGAUAUUUUUGUUGUGUGUGUGUGUGUACUUGUGAUCCAAAGCAUUGUAGCCAGUAGCUUUUCCAAGUUUAGCUGAUGGGCUUUGGUCAUCCUGUCUGUUCCUCUCUAACUCGCUUCAUUUUGAUAUUUCAUAUCUCUGUUCAUUAGGAAUAGCUGUGAAGAGAGAGGUGGAAAAAAAACAGGUGAGGAUGAGAUCAAACCAAACAACAGCUUAUUGGUACAAGGUUGAAGCUUUCUGGACUAAACGGAAGCCUGAACUCUGACUAGAAAUAUUGUUAACGGAGGCCUUUUGCCAGAGUUUUAUCUUUGACUUUUGACUAAAACUUGUGUCCAUAAACCCCCACAUGUCUGUACAUAACAGAAAACCAGUUGUAGGAUACAAAUAGUCUGACAUGCGUACAGGCAGAAAGAUGCCCAUAGAAUGGAUAGGAAAUAGACAAUCUGUACGUGUGAAUGGACUAUUCUGUCAGUGCAGAAAGCCCUUGAUCUGACUUUGACAGAGACACAGCAGGCAGGCCCAUUAUAAACUCACAAUGAAUUUAAAGAGACAUUUUCACGCCCUUCCUAACAUCUCCUGUAAGGCCCGGCUUUGGACUGGAAUGAUCCAUGAUCCUGAAGUUAGUUCCUGAAACAAGGACAUCUAUGUAGUUCCACCCAUGUGCCCUACAACCAUUUAUACAAACCUAAAGAAACACAAACAUCAUUAACCACAGUACAGUUUAGGCCAAAUUUAAGUGUUUAUUUCAAACUUGACUUGCAUGGCAAACGGUGUCCAUAGUUUUGCCUUUUUGUGUGAUCUAUGUAUCUGCCAUUUCUGAAACUAACUGCCGAUUGUAUAUUUUCUUUUAUUAGUGGUUUUAAGGACCCAUGUGUAUAAUGUAUUUCUGACCUGACAACUCAUGCGUAUGCAAUGCAAUGAAACUCAAGAGUUAGCCAAAAUUGUGUUGAUCACUUGCUUUUGAAGGAAAAAGAAUACUUAAGAGAACGAUUAUAGCUACAUCAAAAACAAGUAGUGCCAUAAUACACCUUUACCAGACUAAUGCUACUGGAAAAAAGAUUUUGAGUUCCUGUAGUUUUUUGGGAGGGUGUUGUUGGUUAUUACAGAAAAUGUGGUUUCCUUUCCAAGAUUGUGUAAGAGGUUGUUUGAACAUUGUGAAGAUAAAAAAAAUUAAACUGCAUUGAUGAAUGGAGAUCAUGGUGAUUACUAUGAAUCAUCUAAUGGUAUUUUGCAAUGAUACCAUUGGGUAAUUAAUGGAAACAACAUUAUAAUACUGCAGGAGAUGCAACUGGAUCAUAGAAUUCUUAAAACCGCAUGCUUACCACUUUUGCUGAUGCCAAUAAAGAAAUCCUGAACAUGA